AUGCCCCUCCUCGACAAGAUAUCAGACCUCGCUGGCAGGUUUGCGCCUUCCAAACAUGCAAAGCCCGCAGGCAUAGGCAGCAGCGGCAUGGGCCCCGUCGACGACGACAUGAUCGUGUCAAAGCCGACUAUCGUUCUGCACGCCUCGCAGAUAUUCUUCAACUUUCUCGCUAUGGCAUGUUUCGCGAGCGUAGCGGGCUUUCAAGCAAAAUGGCAUGUCGGGCCUUCCGGCCUGACAGGAUUCGCGCUCUUCGUGUCCAUCUCCGGCAUGUUCCUCUCCGCAUUCAUGCUCGGCGUCCCCGUCGCCUACGAGAAAUACGAUAAAUUCGUCCGCCUCGCGCGCGCGCUCAAAGAGGUCCGCGUAGGCUUCAUUCUCACAGGCACAGGCGUGACAUUCAGCCUCCUCAUCGCAUUCGUGACGACCAUUUCAGCGUGGACGCAGCCUGGGUGCAAGAACAAAGACAACGACCCGCACUCGGAGGAGCUCGGCGACGACUUCAAAAAUGGUCUUCCAGGGUGGUGCAGCACCAAAAAGGCAGGAUCCAUCUUUUUCUGGUUCACAUUCGGCUUCUGGGCCGCCUCGCUCGUGAUGCUCGUGCUAGACUGGCGCGCCGGCCGACUCCACGCCCACGCGCACCGCGACCCGCCAUUCCAGCGUCCGCCUCCAGGCGCACACGACGACGGUGAAGGCGACGCGGACGACGACGACGCGUCGUACAUGCACGUCUCCGCGCCUGCACCUGGCCGCCGGCAGUCCGCGUACGACGAUCCUUCUGCAUCGCAAGCGCAAUCGCCUUUUGCGGAUCCGUACCCGUCACAGCAGCAGCAGCAGCAGCGGUACGGAGGUGGUGCGUAUACACCCGCACACCUACACCAGCCGCUCGCAGGCCGGCCAAGCAUGGACGCAUACGGCGCAUUCUCCGAUCCCGCACCAUCAGGCUUCGGCACCGCCUCUCUCCCUCCCCAUUCCCACUCCCACUCCCACCCACACCCCCAACAACCAUACUCAACACCCUCAUACACCACCUCAUCUUCGUCGCCUAUACGCAGCAGCACAGCACCGGGACCGCCCGUACUGCCCGAUCCGGAUAUGGGCGGGCCGAUGGUGAGCAGGACGAUGCAGUAUGCGGAUCCGUAUGCGGCUGUGCACGAGGACGAGGACGAUGAUGAGGACGAGGACGAUGACGAGGAUGAUGAGACGAUUACUGAUGCAACUGUUGACGAUGAGAACGCGGACGGCGGAUACCACUACGACCACGACUCCGACUCCGACUCCGACUCUGAAGCACACGACGCAAAAGCAGGCAGGCGCAGGAGCCGAAUAGGAUACGUAUCGGUCAUGCGAGUGUUCGGCGCUUAA